UUGAUUUUUCCCGGCAACACAAACCACCGCCACCGCCGCCGUAGAAUCACCGGCGAAAUGGCCAGUCUGCCACCGCCACCAUCUAUACCGAUUCCUUUACACACACUCUUCUUGUUCGUUUUCAUCACCGUGGUCGAAUUUUCAGGUGUGACCUCACAACAGUUUUUGACUUCGGAGCGAAACACAUUGCUUAACCUCAAGCAACGGUGGGGAAAUCCGCCGUCGCUGACGAACUGGAACGCCUCUUCAUCUCCGUGCAAAUGGCCGGAAGUUUUCUGCAACGCCAACGGCUCCGUGAUUAUGCUUAACAUUCCGAGCAAGGGAUUAACCGGACCGAUACCGGCGUCCAUCUGUGACCUCCGGAACCUGAAAAACUUGCUUCUCUAUGACAAUUUUCUCACCGGGGAGUUCCCUAGGGUUUUGUAUAAUUGUUUGAAGCUGAUUGAACUUGAUAUAUCACAGAAUGUUUUUUUUGGAAGGUUGCCGGACGAUAUUGACCUAUUAUCAGGACUCAAAUCGCUUGUACUUGGAGCUAAUAAUUUUACCGGCGACAUACCUCCGGCAAUCGGUAAUUUGUCAGCGUUAAUGUCUUUGUUGUUGUAUCAGAACUUGUUUAACGGUACAAUACCGUCGGAGAUUGGGAAUUUAUCCAAUCUUGAAAGUUUAGGUCUGGCAUAUAACAGUUUUGCGACACCGGAAAUACCACCGGAGUUUGGGAAGUUGAGUAAAUUGAAGAUUUUGUGGAUGACUCAAACUAAUUUGAUCGGAAAAAUACCAGAAAGUUUCGGAAACUUGUCUAGUUUAGAAUCGUUGGAUUUGAGUUCCAACAAUUUGGAAGGGGAAAUUCCUUCCGGAUUGUUUCUGUUGAAGAAUUUGAGUGAUUUGUUCUUGUACAAGAACAAUUUAUCCGGCCAAAUUCCAUCAGUGAUCGAGUCGUUAAAUUUGACUCGAAUCGAUCUCGCUAUGAACAUGUUGAACGGUUCGAUUCCUGAAGAUUUUGGCAAAUUGCAGCAACUGGAGGUGUUACAUUUGUUUUCAAAUCAAUUAUCCGGCGAUAUUCCGACGAGUAUUUCUCAGAUUCCAACCCUGAAGAUUUUCCGUAUCUUCAGAAAUAAUCUCAGUGGAGAAUUACCUUCUGAACUCGGGAUUCACUCGAAUCUCGAAGCAUUUGAGGUAUCCGAGAACAAACUCACCGGAAAGUUGCCUGAGAAUUUGUGCGCCGGAGGUACUUUGUUUGUCGUGGUUGCUUUUUCGAACAAUCUCACCGGAGAAAUCCCCGGAUCACUUGAGAGUUGUGACAAGCUUCAUACAAUUCAGCUCUAUGAUAAUAGUUUCACCGGUGAAUUUCCUUCAAGAAUUUGGACGUUGUUCAAUCUUACAAGCUUGAGGAUCAGCAGAAACCAACUUUCCGGUGAGCUUCCGACCAGAGUGGCAUGGAAUUUGUCUAGAUUGGAGAUCAGUGACAACAAGUUUUCCGGCCAAAUUCCGGCAGGGAUUUCUUCUUGGACGAAACUAAAUGUGUUCAAAGCUAGUAACAACUUGCUUUCAGGUGAAAUUCCAACCGAAUUCACUAAUCUUCCUGAGUUAUCUGUUCUUUAUCUUGACGGAAAUUCACUUUCCGGCGAACUUCCAUCAGAAUUCAAGUCCUGGAAGUCACUAACCACAUUAAAUCUAGCCAGAAACAAACUCUCCGGCCAGAUUCCACCAGCGAUCAGUUCUUUACAGGAUCUUCUCGAUCUUGAUCUAUCAGAAAACCAAUUUUCCGGCCAAAUCCCGCCACAAUUAAGCCUUUUGAGACUCACCUCUUUGAAUCUAUCUUCCAACAAACUCACCGGAAAAAUCCCAUUUGCAUUCGAUAACCUGGCUUACGGAAACAGCUUUUUGGACAAUCCCAACCUCUGCGCUUCAUCCCCAAUCUCAGACCUCCAUAACUGUCAUGCCAAAUCCAAAUCCUCAAACUCCCACAAAUUUUCAUCCAAAAUCAUAAUCAUGAUCGUCAUUUUGUCUGCAUUCGUCAUACUUGUUGCCAUUCUCUGCACAUUAUUCGUGUUCAGAAACUAUCUCAAGAAGAAACAGAAACGGGAUCUAACGACAUGGAAACUGACCUCAUUCCACAAAUUGGAGUUCACAGAAGCAAACAUUCUGUCAUGCUUGACGGAAAACAACCUGAUCGGAACCGGUGGUUCAGGGAAAGUUUACCAGAUUGAAAUCGGACGAAUUGGGGAAUACGUUGCUGUCAAAAAGAUCUGGAACAACAAGAAACUCGACCAUAAUCUUGAAAAAGAGUUCUUAUCCGAGGUUCAAAUAUUGGGUUCAAUUCGUCAUUCUAAUAUCGUCAAAUUGCUAUGCUGUAUUUCUAGCAACGAUUCUAAGCUUCUCGUUUACGAGUAUAUGGCGAACCAGAGUCUUGAUAAGUGGUUACACUCGAAAAAGAUGAAAACAAACCGUGGGUUGGUUCAUCACAUGAUCUUGGAUUGGCCCAGGCGACUGCAGAUUGCAAUUGGAGCGGCUCAGGGACUUUGUUAUAUGCACCAUGAUUGUUUUCCGGCGAUCAUUCAUAGAGACGUGAAAUCAAGCAAUAUAUUGUUGGAUUCGGAGUUUAAAGCGAGAAUUGCGGAUUUCGGAUUAGCAAAGAUUUUGACCAAGCAGAAGCCCGGUCAAGCCAACAACACAUUGUCUGCUAUAGCUGGCUCAUUUGGCUACAUUCCUCCUGAGUACGCUUACUCAACAAGGGUAAACGAGCGGGUAGAUGUAUACAGCUUCGGUGUGGUGCUACUGGAACUGGUAACCGGUAAAGAACCGCACGAAGGAGACGGUGAUAUGAAUCUAGCGGAAUGGGCAUGGUGGCAUUACGGUGAAGGGAACUCGAUGAUCGAAGCUUUGGACCCGGAGGUCAAACAAGCCAAUAUGGAAGAAAUCAGCCUAGUGUUCAAAUUAGGACUCAUUUGCACUAGCACAUUGCCUUCAAGUCGGCCAUCGAUGAAAGAGGUAUUGGAGAUUCUCCGAAGAUGUAAGCCGGCAAGCGAAGAGCGGAAAGUGGAUGACGAGUUCGAUGUUGCACCACUUCUAAGGAGAGAAAGUUAUCUCUCGAAUUAUCGACGAAGUGGGAGUAAGGUUUUGAACGAAAGUAUCAAUAUCUUUGAUGGUAGAUUGUAAAGGGUUGCGGAAAAUUGUACGUUUUAUGUAAUGGCAUGUUCUUUUUUUCGUGUGAUUGUAUAGAAAUAAAGCUCUAUUUACUGUUA